UGCGCCAUUGUUGGUGCAGUAAUAUGGCGUCUCGCAUGAUCGAUCGAAGACGUCAGUUUUAAACAAUUCGAUUGAGCGUAUUUGCAAUGCGUUUAAUUGGAUUUUCAAAAGUCGUACGCCUUAAUUUCCAGUGCUUAUACCAUCGCGCAUCAUCGAUACUCUUGUUGUGAUUCGUCGACGUUGUUUUUGAUAUACAUAUGUAACAAAGAUCUUUCGGUGACAGGUAACCUUAAAAAAUGGAGGAGACGUGUUUGGAUGACGGACUUGCAGUUAAUUUCGAAACAGCUACUUUGGAAAUUGCUAAUACAGACCCUAUCAGACCAGCGACAGAAAGCACUGAUGGCACGCCAAAGCGGACUUCGACUUCAAAGAAUGUGUGUAAUGUUCCAUUCACGCAUAUAGAUGUUCAAACAUUUUUUACUGACAGGAAUGAAGUUGUGGAAAGAGCGAUAAAUGAUUGCGUCGAACGCCUGAUAAAGGAAAACAAUGACGAACUUGUAGGAAGUUGGCUUCUGACAGAAAUAAGUCUGUGGGAUACAGAGAAGGAAAGACUUGUAUUAUUAUCGACAAAUGCCCUUUACUCUGUAAAGUACGAUUUUAUUUCUCUAAAAAUACUGGAUUUUAAUCGAGUGCCUGUAUCACUACUGGACACAGUAGUCGCAGGAGAAUUAAUUUACCCAUCUUCAUCUCUUGCACCACGAUUAAGUGGAUUGGCAGAAGGCGUAUCAUCCAUAAUUCAUUGUGCAGUACGUCAAGAAUGGUCAUCUGUUGCAGGUUGCUCUGGUUUUGCUCAAUUCGAGCCUAGGAAGCGGCGUAUGCCGGGAAUAAGACUUAUGUGGAACAGAGGACAGCCUUUGCCUCUUGCAAAGAAAUGGAAUCCGUUUGCAAAAGAUAUACCAUGGCUCACAUAUGCCAGUCAUCCAUUAUUCUGGUAUAAAGCUGGAACUGAAAUUGUCAAAACGAGAUUUGACAUCGACGCCUUUCAAACUACGCUCAAAAGCUUACUACCCCGUGAAUGCAGCGUUGUUAAUUUGCCGAUUAUUGUAGAGAAUUAUUGCGGUCUCGGUGCCUUAGUGCACAAUAGGAACGGCUUAGGUUUUUUUAAAAUACGUGGUAAAGUCAGUUUCUAAUUUUUCCAAUCUCUUUCGCAAAUACUGUUUCCUCUGAGCUUAAUAUUUUUUCUCACCUCUGUGAUUUUGUCCUGCUGUAUUAUAGCAGUCUUAUACUUGUACAGUCUUUACUAAAGAAUAGCAAUCGAUAUUUUGCAUUAAUAAUUCUCUAUGGUGAACUAUAUAUUGAGAUAUCUACAUAGUAUUUUUAGAACUGCUAAAAUUAUUUCUAAAAAACAAAAAAAAAAAUAAAAUCUAUUCGACAA